AUGGUUCUCACAUCCUCCGCGCGCGAUUACAUCAACCGCAUCUUGCAGGACAUCUCUGGCAUGAAGGUUCUAAUCCUUGAUUCUCAAACGGUAAGUAUUGUGAGUGUUGUGUACUCACAGUCAGAACUUCUUCAGAAAGAAGUGUUUUUGGUAGAAUUGGUGGAUUCGAUUUCCAAGUCAAACGAACCAAUGUCGCACCUUAAGGCCAUUUACUUCCUUCGACCUACAUCAGAGAAUAUUCAGUAUAUGCGCCGUCAGCUGGCUAGUCCUAGAUUUGGAGAGUAUCACCUAUUUUUCUCCAACAUAAUGAAGGACCAUCAUAUUCACUUACUUGCUGAUUCAGAUGAACAGGAAGUCGUCCAGCAAGUUCAGGAGUUCUAUGCAGACUUUGUUGCUAUUGAUCCUUAUCAUUUCACUUUCCACGUGCCUUCAAAUUACAUUUAUAUGCUCCCAGCUGUCAUAGACCCUUCAGCAUUGCAGCGUUUCAGUGAUCGGGUUGUUGAAGGUCUGGCUGCUCUUUUUUUGGCAUUAAAACGGAGACCUGUAAUUAGAUAUCAAAGAACAUCUGACAUUGCAAAAAGAAUAGCACAGGAAGCAGCUAAACUGAUGUACCAAGAGGAAAGUGGUCUUUUCGAUUUUAGGCGAAUGGAAGUUUCUCCAUUGUUGUUGGUGAUUGACAGGAGGGAUGACCCUGUAACCCCGUUGCUAAAUCAAUGGACCUAUCAGGCUAUGGUUCAUGAAUUGAUAGGAAUCCAGGACAACAAAGUGGACGUCAAAUCCAUUGGUAAAUUUCCAAAGGAUCAGGAGGAGGUUGUGCUGUCAUCAGAACAAGAUUCAUUUUUCAAAGCAAACAUGUAUGACAAUUUUGGAGACAUUGGUAUGAAUAUCAAGCGACUGGUUGAUGAGUUUCAACAAGUGGCAAAGAGCAAUCAGAACAUCCAAACAGUAGAGGACAUGGCCAAGUUUGUUGACAAUUACCCUGAGUACAGAAAAAUGCAUGGGAAUGUGACAAAACAUGUGACUUUGGUAACAGAAAUGAGCAAGAUAGUUGAAGAGCGAAAACUUAUGUUAGUUUCACAAACAGAACAGGAGUUGGCUUGCAAUGGAGGGCAAGGAGCUGCUUUUGAGGCAGUGACAAAUCUACUAAAUAAUGAAAGCAUAUCAGAUUUGGAUCGACUACGGUUGGUCAUGCUAUAUGCUUUGCGAUAUGAGAAGGACAGCCCUGUUCAAUUAAUGCAGCUUUUCAACAAACUGGCUUCCAGAUCUGCCAAAUACAAACCUGGGCUUGUCCAGUUUCUUUUGAAGCAGGCAGGUGUUGACAAGAGAACUGCUGAUCUUUACGGAAAUCGAGAUCUAAUGAAUAUUGCCCGUAACAUGGCACGUGGACUUAAGGGUGUUGAGAAUGUUUACACCCAGCAUCAGCCACUUCUGUUCCAAAUCAUGGAAAGCAUUGUCAAAGGGCGGUUGAGAGAUGUAGACUACCCAUUUUUUGGGAAUCACUUCCAACAAGGAAGGCCUCAGGACGUAAUUAUCUUCAUUGUUGGUGGGACAACAUAUGAGGAGUCACGGUCUGUUGCUCUACAAAAUGCCAGCAAUACAGGUGUUCGGUUUAUACUUGGUGGCUCUUCUGUUCUUAAUUCUAAAAGGUUUUUCAGGGACUUGGAAGAAGCUCAAAGGGUUGCUCGUUCUAGCACCUCUGUUGUUUGA